AGCAGCCAGCAGUACCGGGGUCACGGAGCUCUGGCAUCACGCGUGAUGAUGAUGGAGGAGGUAGGCCGGUCGUGGAGGAGCGCUGUGCCGGUGUUGGUGUUAUUCCAGGCGGUUCGGCUGCGCGCGGACGACUCGGGGAUGGAGGAGCUCGCCACGGAGAAGGAGGCGGAGGAGAGUCACCGCCAAGACAGCGUUAAUUUACUCACAUUUAUCUUACUGCUGACGCUCACCAUUCUCACUAUAUGGCUGUUCAAACACAGACGAGUGCGUUUUCUGCACGAAACCGGCCUGGCUAUGAUUUACGGUUUACUGGUGGGUGUGAUCCUGCGCUAUGGAAUCCCCUCGGCCAGUUACCACCACCAGACUCCGCCCAGCUGCUCCCUGAAGGAGGGACCGGUCAGCACGCUGCUGCUCAACAUCAGCGGCAAGUUCUUCGAGUACACGCUAAAGGGUGAGAUCAACUCCCGGGAGAUCCACAACGUGGAGCAGAACGACAUGCUUCGGAAAGUGACCUUUGACCCUGAGGUGUUCUUCAACAUCCUGCUUCCCCCUAUCAUAUUCCACGCAGGAUACAGCCUGAAGAAGAGACACUUCUUCAGAAACCUGGGCUCCAUCAUCACCUACGCGUUCCUGGGCACUGCCAUCUCCUGCUUCGUCAUCGGGAACCUGAUGUACGGUGUGGUGAAGCUGAUGCAGGCUGUCGGACAGCUGACUGAUAAAUUCUACUACACAGACUGUCUUUUCUUCGGUGCCAUCAUUUCAGCUACUGACCCCGUGACAGUGCUGGCUAUCUUCAACGAGCUCCAUGCUGACGUGGAUCUUUAUGCCCUGCUGUUCGGGGAGAGCGUCAUGAAUGACGCGGUGGCCAUCGUCCUCUCAUCCUCUAUCGUGGCCUACCAGCCCAGCGGUGCAAACACGCACACAUUCGACGCCUCGGCUUUCUUUAAAUCCGUGGGGAUUUUCCUCGGGAUCUUCAGCGGAUCUUUUGCUAUGGGUGCGGUCACCGGAGUCGUCACCGCCCUUGUCACCAAGUUCACCAAGCUGCACUGCUUCCCCCUGCUGGAGACCGCGCUCUUCUUCCUCAUGUCCUGGAGCACUUUCCUUUUGGCUGAGGCGUGCGGCUUCACAGGUGUUGUCGCGGUGUUAUUCUGUGGGAUCACGCAGGCUCACUACACCUACAACAAUCUGUCAGAGGAGUCGACCAAACGCACCAAACAGCUGUUCGAGGUCCUGCACUUCCUGGCAGAAAACUUCAUCUUCUCAUACAUGGGUCUGGCUCUGUUCACCUUCCAGAACCACGUCUUCAGCCCCAUCUUCAUCGUGGGAGCAUUUGUGGCCAUUUUUAUUGGCAGAGCCUCGAACAUCUACCCCCUGUCCUUCCUGCUAAACCUUGGACGCAGACACAAAAUCGGCGCCAACUUCCAGCACAUGAUGAUGUUUGCAGGUCUGCGAGGAGCGAUGGCGUUUGCUUUGGCCAUCCGUGACACGGCGACGUACGCCAGGCAGAUGAUGUUCACCACCACGCUCCUCAUCGUCUUUUUCACCGUCUGGGUUUUCGGGGGAGGAACCACGCCCAUGCUGUCCUGGCUGCACAUCAGAGUUGGUGUGGACCCUGAUCAAGAUCUCCAGCCGUGUGGAGACAGCUUCCAGGUCCUUCAAGGGGAGCUGAUUUGUGCCUCGUUCCUGAAUGAUGAUGAUGAAGAUGUUGAUGAUGGAAGUCAGCAGGAGGGCCAGAGCAAGACGAAGCAGGAGAGCGCCUGGCUCUUCAGACUGUGGUACACUUUUGACCACAACUAUCUGAAACCCAUCCUAACCCACAGCGGGCCUCCGCUCACCACCACACUACCAGCCUGCUGUGGACCGCUGGCACGCUGCCUCACCAGCCCUCAGGCAUACGAGAACAGCGAGCAGCUUCGGGACACCGACUCGGACCUCAUCCUGACAGACGGAGACCUGACGCUGACGUACGGCGACACCGCCAUCACAGUUAACGGCGCCUCAUCAGCGUCUGGGACAAAAAGCGGCAAACGCAACGGCAGCACUUCGGAGGAGGCGCUGGAGAGGGAGCUGGACUCGCGCGAGCAGGAGUUCCUGAGCCGGGGCACGCGGCUGGUUUUCCCCAUGGAAGAUCACGCCUGAGACUCCGCCCCAUCACUUGCUGACUCCUCCUCCUGUUUUUUCCUGUACAUUUCUUUCUCUCUCUGUCUCUCUGUUUCCAUACCUCACUCCAUCUGAUAUUCCUGAGCUGCUUUAAAGACAUUGGACGAUGGAGAGGGGAGGGGAAAGUGGCAGAUAAAGAGUCUGAGCGAGAAGAUUUCAUGUGUUUCCUGAACUGCAGAAGAUGCAGAACUUUGGCCAUACUGUGAUUUAAGAAAACAGACAAUAGGAAUUUGGCCUUUUCAGGCGAGGAAUUCAUCCUGGAGGAUAUGUGGGUUAUGAUUGGCUGUAGGUUGGAAUUUUUAUAUAUGUAUCAGCAAACGCCUACACUGAACAGCUAAAAAUGUGAAACCCAAAUAUAGAUGUGAAGUCUGUCUGCCUCACAAGCCAAGUGUAGCUCUUUUUAUGUUACCCCCCACACACACGCACAUGGACACAUUUUUCUUUAGAAGUAAAAUUACCAACAACCCUUCUGUUGGAUUCAUUCCGCAUAACCACAGCAUUUAUUACAUGCUCCGCUGUUCAUUAUUCAAAUGUGGCUUCAGGGUCUUGGUGUAAAUAUGCAAAGCUCACGCUGCACACUGUCAUGUUUUUCCAGUAUACAAAUGUGAUCCUAAUCUGCUAUAUUACUAGAACACACUGCCUGGGAUCCGGGGAGCAAAAGUUUUGAGUAAGCAGACUUGAGUUAAAGUGGGAGUGUGGAAGGAGCAGUCUACUUGAGUGAAAGUACAAACACAAUCAAACAUUCAAGAGUGAAAAGAUUUAAGAAAAAUAAAUGGCUUACAUUAGCUAAGCCAUGAGUCGUAAUUAAAAUGCACUGCUAACACACACGACUAGAAUUUGCCUUGCUGUUUAGCAAAAUUUUAAUAAUUAUUUUGGAUGAAAUGCCAUGCAAGCUAGAUCCUUCAUGUGAGUAAAUUGAAGCACUCUCAUACAAAAUGCAACUAGCUAGCUAAUUUAGUGAAUUGAUUUACAAAACUCAACUAGCUAAAUGAUUUAGGGAACUUAUUUAAAAAGCUCAACUAGCUAGCUAAUUUAGUGAACUAAUUUGCAAAACUCAACUAGCUAGCCAAUUUGAUAAACUAAUUUACAAAUUUACUCAACUAGCUAGCUAAUUUAGUGGAUUUAUUUACAGAACAACUUUAUCUUGCUAAUUUAAUAAACUAAUAUACAAAAUCCCAACGAGUUAGUUAAUGAAGUGGGAGAAAAAGUUUACCAAACUCAGUGUUAACUUUUUUGAUUUGUGGCAAAUUUUAAAGAUCAUUUUUUUUAUUUUUGUUGUUUAUUUGUUUAUGCUUAAUAACCCUCAUAGAAGCAAUCGUGAAUUUGAACAAAAGCAAAAAAAAAAAAUUAACCCUAAUCCUAACCAGCCAGUUCAUUUUAUGAGUUAAUUUCCAAAAUUCAGGUAGCCAAUUUAACAAAGGAAAUACAUAAAUUAAAACUUAGGAACCUAAAUUAACAAGAUAAUUCAUGCAACUUAAAAUAUAUUUAACUGAAUCAAAAAACUAAUUAUAAAAUUUCCAGUUAAUUAAAAAAAAAAAACUAAGCUUGGUAAUUAGAUGAGUGAGUGAGAGUGAGCUCGGUAAUUUAACACACUUACAGUUAAUGUAACACAAGUUUGUCUAAAGGACCAUUUUGCAUUACAUUCUUUAAAAAUCCUUGUGGAGGUCUAAUUAGCAUAAAAGAAUAAAAACAUGCUUGUAUAGAUCUAAAUUAAAAAACCUAACCAGCUUGAUUAUUUAACAGCCUUAAUUGCAAAAUUGUAGCAGCAACUAUACUUUAAAUCUAAAACUAAUAUACUUCAUUAGCCUUAAUGGCUCAUUUUUAGGCUCAAAUUUAGUUUUUUUUUUUUUUUUUGUGAAAACUGCAGUUAAAGCAGGUGAGAUGAAAAAAAGAAAAUUGAUCUUUGAGGAUGAAAAUUAGGAUGUAAGGAGUAAAAAGUGUCAAACAAGCGUACAUGAGUAAGAGUGGGUAGACUAAUAAAUA